GGGUGCUUUGACGUGCCGGAAGCUUGACGGGUGAACCUCAAAAAUUGAAGUUUUUCUGGCGCCAAGACUUAUUGUGGUGGCCCGAGCUCCCAAGCUCUCUCCACUGUUCCCCUCACGUUCCAUUCCAUCCCAAGGUCUAUCCAAACUCAGAUUGAAUUACCAUCUAUGAGAGACGCUAAUGUAUGAUCGAUGCCAUAGCAAUGUUUACUUGCGAGUAUAUUUUGUUUGGACUUUGGCUAUACUUCUCACGGUGGGAAAUCCUGCUCGAAUACACUUUCUCUAAACUAGCAAGUACACUUGACGGUAAAGCGUUACGAUUUAUUGUUUUCAGCCUUUAUCGUCGUGCGGUCUGGUCUCCUAUAAUGUGUUAUAGCCAAUCAUUGUUCAUUGCGGCCACUGCUCUCUCUGCUCCAUCCUUUACAAUGACGCGAUCCAAUGUAUGCCUGGUAACCCUAUUCUCCUUUGGUUGGAUAGCUUCGAGCUCUAUCCAUGAUCUCCGGACACUCAGAAACAGUCCGUUCAAAUCAAGGUCGCUACCGAGAUUAUAGGGCUUCAGCAAUAGAGUCUUCCUACGAGUUCUUUACUGACAUUGGGCAAUAUCUGCACAUCUUCUCCUCAAGCUCUCUAUUACUAUAGAGAGCUCAUACGUUCAGCCUUUGACGCAUUACGGAUCCACUAUUAACACAUACAAGCAUCAAGGAUCUUAAGUCGCG